AUGGACAACACAAAAAAUUAUAUUAAAAAUAAAAAUUAUUUAAUAAAACCAUCAAGUCAACCAAUAAAUAAUAAUCAUAGAAGAAAAAUACCAUCAACUGAAUCAGAAAAUGAAUUAAUUACACAUAAAUCAAUUGUUGCAAAUAAAGAUUAUCCAAGAUUACUUUAUAGAUUUGUUCAUGGAAAUGGUCUUAAAAUUCUUCCAGAAAAUUUUGCUCGUAAUUAUCCAUUAAUAGAAUCAUAUGAUCAAUGUUUAACAAGAUCAUCAUCAUCAUCAAAUAGAAAUAUAUUCGAUAAAAAAAAUUUCUUUGAUUUUUCAUCAUUAGUUUCAACAUCAUCAUCAACAAAUUCUUCAAAUAAUAUGACAAUACCAUAUUAUCUUUUUAUAACAUUUUCAAUAUUUCUUCGUUUACCAAAUUAUGCACGUCCUAUGUUAAAAAAUCGUUCACUUCCAUCUUAUAUAAUACGUUUAAUGCUUGGACAAAAAGAAUCAAUAACAAAUCAAUAUCAAGAUGAAACACAACAAGAACAACAUCAAGAUAAUUUUGAUAUGCAUGAUAUUGAACAAAUUGAAUCAAUAACAAUAGAACAAUUAAAUAGAAUUAAUAAUAAUAAUAAUAAUACUAAUACUAAUUUUUGGGCUAAAGGUACAGAUUUUGGUAGAGAUAUUCUACCUGAUGCAUUAACAAUAAAUUCAAUGCAAAGAAUAAAACGUUUAGCACAAGAACAAAUAACUAUAUCAACAUCAUUAUCAUUAUCAUUUAGUUCAACAAUAUUUCUACGUUAA